AUGCUGCCCAAGGUUAUCUCUGCUGUGCAUUUGGCACUGUGGGUCAGCUCUUAUGCCAUCACCUCGGCUGAGGACCCGCACUUGACCAGAGCUUUGAAGCUGAUGUCUGAGACGCCACUCAUUGAUGGUCAUAAUGACCUGCCUUGGCAACUUCGAAAGCAAUUCAACAACGAGCUCAACAAAGUGGACCUUAACACUCUCUCAACAACACACACCAACAUCCCUAAGAUCAAGGAGGGACGUCUGGGAGCGCAGUUCUGGUCGGCCUACGUUCCCUGUGACACUCAGUACAAAGAUGCAGUCAGACAAACACUGGAGCAGAUUGAUGUGAUUCACAGGAUGUGCCAAAAAUACCCAGAAACCUUCAUGUUUGCCACCAGUAGCAAAGACAUCAUGGAUGCCUUCAGCAUGAACAAGACAGCCAGUCUGAUCGGGGUGGAGGGGGGCCAUUCCUUAGACAGCAGCCUGGGUGCCCUGCGCACCAUGUACCAGCUGGGGGUCCGCUACCUCACUCUCACACAUUCCUGCAACACACCCUGGGCGGAUAACUGGCUUGUUGACACUGGAUCAGAGCCAUCUCAACACAAUGGCCUGUCUCCAUUUGGCAAGCAACUAAUUAUGGAAAUGAAUCGUCUGGGGAUGCUGAUCGACCUGGCUCAUGUGCCUGUUACAGUCAUGAACCAGGUGCUGGACAUGUCCAAAGCUCCUGUCAUCUUCAGCCACUCUUCCGCCUACAGCAUCUGUCAGCAUAAAAGAAACGUUCCAGAUGAUGUUCUCAAGAGAGUCAAUGAAACUGGGGGAAUCGUCAUGGUGAACUUCUACAAUGACUAUGUGACCUGCAGCAAGACCGCAAAGCUCUCAGAUGUUGCUGAUCACUUUGACCAUAUCAAGAAAGUGGCCGGGGCCGGUAUAAUUGGUUUUGGGGGCGAUUAUGAUGGAGUUACCAGGCUGCCAGAGGGUUUGGAGGAUGUAUCCAAGGUGCCCAAACUGGUGGCUGAACUGCUGAGGAGAGGAUGGACUGACGAUGAGGUGAAAGCUGCUCUUGGAGAUAACCUGCUUCGGGUCCUUACAGAGGUUGAGAGGGUCGGUCACAGUCUGAGCGGCACGAGUCCAGAUGAUGUUCCUAUUCCAUAUGAGGAGGUCAAGAACUCAUGCAGGACACACUACGGGUAUCCCAACGCUGGAGCCGUCCAUUCACUCAGUACACUGGCCCUGCUGCUCGCACUGGCUCUUCAGACUCUCAUUACAUUAACAGCUUUAUAA